AUGCCCACGUAUCUUACCCGCGAGAACGACCCCAUCUACUCGCCAAACUCGGACGUUCUGGAUCUCGACCCAAACCACACGCUUGACCUGUCUGGUCACAAGCAGCACCCAAUUAAUGGGUUUACCCACUCCCUGCCCCUUCGUCCCUCCCGUUCAAACAACCUCCAUGAUAGUUUCGACGAAAGCUCAACGUCGUCAACCCACGCCUCCGACGUCUCUGAUUCCAUCCCCACGCAGAUGAAUGGGACGAGGCCGACUAGCAUGAACUCGUUGCCCAACGGCUCGGCAGGGGCCGGAGGAGGCCAAGACUUUGAUUAUCACGACACCGACUCCCGCCACGACUAUCAAAACAAUCACUCCGAUUACAGAAACCACAAGCACCCGCUGCAAAAUGGCGCGACCAUCGCCAUGCCCGAUCGCACCGCGCCCCCGCCGCCAAUCAAGGUCGUGAGGAAACCCGCAUCCGACACAGACAACUCGAGCUCUACCGAUGCCUACCUGACGCCCCCGUCAAUUGCAUCCCCCGCCGCCGGCUCGAUUGAUCACACAAUAAAGACGAAUGGAACGAGCAGCCCCAACUACGCACCCCCGCCGAUCCCCUCCCAGAGCAACGCGAACGGUUACACGACGCCGGCAACCGCCGUCAGCACCUCAUCUCUGUCCCCUAAUCUGAACAGCUACAACAACCCCCAAUCGCCGCAACGGUUCUCCUCCCCGCCCCUAUACCAAUCCGCCGGCGCGACACCUAAUGCAUCCACAUCGACGGGGCUGCAACCGCCAAACCCCGGCCUCAAGCACCGACAUACGCUCGAGGUUCCGGGCACCCAGUCCAACCGCGGAUCCAAGGAUGGGUCCGACGCGGCAUUCUCGAGUGGCCGCUUCUCUCCCACUUCUCACACGAGCACCACGCAAAGAGUGCGUAGGGCAUCGCUGAACUUGGUGCGGAGAGACACCCGAUCCAUGCAAUCCGAUGCUCCCCGCGACGAGGUUGUUCCGGACGACGAUGCUCUGCGAUGGGCGGAGCACUACAGGCAAAAGCGUGCGAGCAAGAGGAAGAGGAAAGAAGAGGAGGAUGACGACAGGGUACUUGUGGGAACAAAGGUGGACGAGCACCACGCCAAUUGGGUGACCGCCUACAACAUGUUGACCGGCAUCCGUGUCUCCGUCUCUCGAACGAACGCGAAGUUGGAUCGUCCAUUAACGGAUGCUGAUUUCGACGCGAAGCAAAAGUCGACUUUUGACAUCGCCGGUAAUGAGAUGGUUCCCUCGGCGAAGUACGAUUUCAAAUUUAAGGAUUACGCCCCGUGGGUUUUCAGACAUCUGCGCAAUCUCUUCCGUCUCGAUCCGGCCGACUACCUGAUGUCGUUGACGGGCAAGUAUAUUCUUUCGGAGCUUGGGUCCCCAGGAAAGAGUGGCAGCUUCUUUUACUUUUCCCGAGACUACAAGUACAUCAUCAAGACCAUCCACCACGCCGAGCACAAGUUUCUGCGCAAGAUCCUCAAGGACUACUACCACCACGUCACCGAGAACCCGAACACGCUGCUGUCGCAGUUCUACGGCCUGCACAGAGUCAAGAUGCCAUACGGAAAGAAGAUUCACUUUGUCGUCAUGAACAAUCUCUUCCCUCCGCACCGCGACAUCCACACUACGUUCGACUUGAAGGGAUCUACGAUCGGCCGCGACUAUAAGGAAGACGACCUUGACAAGAACCCACGAGCGACUUUGAAGGAUCUGAACUGGCUGCGACGACAGCGCCACCUUGAACUCGGCAUACAGAAGAAGAAGCUCUUCCUGGAGCAGCUGCAGCGGGAUGUGGUACUGAUGAAGAAGCUCAAAAUAAUGGACUACUCUCUUCUUAUCGGCAUCCACGAUCUCAACAGGGGUAACGAGGAGAACCUCCGCGGCAAGACGCUUCAGGUAUUCAACCCGGGCGGCGAGAAUACAGGGGAGGAUGGCGAGCCUCCGUCGGUGCUCUUGCGCACGCCCUCUAAGUUGGAGAAUGCGCGCAAGGCUAGGGAGCUGAGGCAGAUGAUUCGACACGAGCGUCCGAUACCCAUGGGCGAGGCGGCGACCCAGAUGCCCAAUGAACUUGAGGAGGGGCACAGCCGGUCAAACUACAUCUUCAACCAGGACGAUGGCGGUUUCCAGGCAACCCACGAGGACAAUUCGCCCGCCGAAGAGAUCUACUACCUGGGCGUCAUCGACUGUCUGACUCACUACGGAAUGAUCAAAAAGAUUGAGCACUUUUGGAAGGGUCUUACCAGCGAUAGGACGCAGAUCUCCGCCCUUCCCCCUGAACAGUACGGUGAUCGGUUCUACAACUUCGUGGAGGGCAUCACGAUGUCUCCUGAGGAGGCGCACAGGGAAGCGGCGCGGAAGGACCAGGAACAGGCAGAAGCUGCAGCGGCUGCUGAGCGUCAGCGCGUCGCCAGCUGGAGUUCCAGCUUGCGGCGGCGAUCCACAGCGAACAACAUUCCGCCAAUGCCCAAUUAUCAACCUCCGCCAACGCCGCCGGAAGGUGCGAGAUCUCCUGAAGCCCGCGAAACUGUCGAGCGCGCCAACCAGGAAGCUCGUCGUACCGAGAGACACGGGGCAUCGGAGGCCAACGUGCCCGAAAUGGUGUUGACGACAAAAUCGGGAGACCGUCGGGAGUCGGGGGGCCAGGGGGCGCCCAUCCUGCCAGUUGUUGAGGAGACGGCCGAGGCUUCGUCUGUGGGUGGUCGCAGCCGUGACGGAGACGAUUACCGACCAGCAACCCCGGCUAAGACGAGCAUGGAACGGAGACUUGCUAGUCUUCGGGACUACGCGCCUCCAACGCCGCCCAAGGGCCACCACCUCAAGCCCGAGAGUCAAGAUAGCGGUUACGGGGCGCUCCCCAACGGCAAUGGAUCUAUGAGCCGCGAAGACUCGUUGCGACUCAAGUCUCGCCUGAGCAAAGAGUCUCUCAACAAGGACCUGCCUCCUCUUCCGAAGGAGGCCGCCGGCGAGAGCCAGUUCCGCGUGGGGCUUGCGUAG